AUGUUAGUUGUUGUUGGAUUAGACGUGUGCUCGACCGCGCUAGAUUUCGAGGUGCUGGUAGUGGUAGACUUAGUCGAGCUGGAUGGAGUGAACUUGGAGAAAGAUGAGGCGGACGACGCGGCAACCAAUACUUGCGUUUUAGCUGUUGUUGCCUGGGUGGUGCUUUUUGCAGCGCUGGGACUCGAGCUAGUAGGUACCAGGGAACUCGAGACUGUGGUGACGGUAUUCGCACUGGAUGAGACCAAGGUCAUGGAAGCCGAGGUGGAGAUAGCGGGAGCCAAAGAAGAAACGGUGAGAGAUGAGGCGAAUGCUACGGCCGCGCUAGUGCUGGUUGGGGAGGAUUUCGCUACUAAUAAGGGGUGCAGAGUAAGCAAGAACGAUCUUAAGGACGAUGCUGUAGAAGAGGAAAGGCUGCUUCCAGAUGGGCUGGAAAAUCCAAUCGAAGAAGCUCCGGAAGUGCUUGACGCAGUGCUGGAAGAAAAAACACUGGAAGUAAAGCUAGAACUCGACUGUGCCAGAGCGGGGCUAGCUAUAGCAGCAAAGAAAACAAUGAUGGCAAAGAUACUCAUGACUGCGAAGGCAAAUGUAAGUGACGCCUUAGGGUUGCGGGCGUUCUGA